AUGAUUUUCCUUGCUACUCGCUAGUUCACUUUCGGUUAGCCUGCACAACGGUCACAAAAACGGGUUCGAGCGCGACCAGUGGGGGUGUUUUACGCGAGCCGGCAAGAAAGUUAACGGGUGCUGCUACGUGAGGAUACAAAAAAUAAAGUUCGUCCGAAACUCCGAAAGUAGUUGUAAGAGUUCAUAACCGAAAAAAACAAGUUGCAGCCAUAGGUACCUACAUCAUGAUCAACAAUCAAAACGGCAGCAACAUUGGCGCGGAAGAUUCGCGACUAUCGAUGCCGCCGCCAGAUCGAAUCGAAUGCGGUGCCUAUAGUGAGAUGGACAAGAAGAAUCGGUUUCGCCUGGGCACCGGCCACAACGGAUGGAAUACGAUAUGCAUUGUUCUGGCGGAGUUCCUGGGCACCGGGAUUCUCAUGUUCCUAGGCUGCAUGUGCACCGUCACCGGGUUCGGUCAUGUGCCGAGUAACAUGUCCGCCGGCUUGGGCUUCGGUAUGACAGUCAUGAUGGUGAUCAUUAUUUUCGGUUGCGUCUCUGGCGCUCACAUUAAUCCGAGCGUUUCGAUCGCUGCCUGGAUCUAUGGCACGUUGACGCUUCCGAUGCUGAUCCUGUACAUCAUCGCACAGUUCACCGGUGGACUGGUUGGUUUUGGACUGCUGACGGGUAUCACACCAUCGGAAAUAUUCUCCAUCGCAUUGGAUGUUGGACAGGGUACCUGCGUUACGGCGCCCCACGAUGACCUGACAACGUUCGAGACGUUUACGGUAGAAUUUUUCCUCACUGGAAUUCUGGUCUGGGCCAACGUGGGAAUUUGGGAUCCAAGAAACCGGAAAAACACCGACUCAGUUCCGCUUAAAUUCGCCCUCAUAGUGGGCGGAAUAUCGAUUGCCGGUGGACCGUAUACCGGGGCCAGUAUGAAUCCGGCUCGUACCCUAGCACCUGCAGUUUGGAAUGCUAGCUACAAAAUGUUGUGGGUGUACAUGGUUGCUCCUCCGCUGGCUGGUAUAAUUUUCACUCUCAUCUACAAAUACGUAUUCCGGAGAGAAGCUCCCGAAGAUGAACCGUUGGUAAAAGCUAGUCCGGAAAUAGUGAAACACCAGCCUGGUUGUGUGUGCGGAGUCACCGCCGGUAACCAACUGCCCGUCGGUUCGUCGCCGAAACUUUGAGUCAAUGUCGAUUGGAAACGGUGAAAAUUUCGCAAACCCUCAGGCUUCGAAUGAUAAGCACUGUUGCGCCAUCCUGUAAAAUUAGUCAUUAAUCAUUACCAUUGCUAUGUUUUAUAAUUUUGCUCAAACGAAUAUUACAUUAUCAUCUUUAUUUGAAAGGUUUGUGUACCAAAUGAUAUUGGAUUAUCAUAGUUAGAAUAGUGUUGAAUAUUUGCCAUGGAUAUCUGAUCUAUGCAUAUUGUUUUAUUCAUACGCGUUAGGAUCUACGACAAUGACAAUUAAAUUUGAAUCAAAUGUCUCGAUACUUAAUGUUAAAGUUCUACUGAACAUAUCCUUUAAAGAUUUUAGGACCAUUAUUGUUAUAUUUUUAAAGCUAAAAAAAUUGAAUAAAUUUUUUAAAUGAU